AUGUCGCAGGGUCACGCUCUUUCAGAUGACCAGGUCGCGGGCGAGCUCCGCAAGAUGACGGCCUUCAUCCGGCAGGAAGCGCUGGAGAAGGCCCGAGAAAUCCAGUUGAAGGCCGAUGAGGAGUUCGCCAUUGAGAAGUCCAAGCUCGUCCGCCAGGAGACCGCCGCCAUUGAUACAUUGUACGAGAAGAAGUUCAAGCAGGCUGCCAUGUCCCAACAAAUCACUCGCUCCACUCUUGCCAACCGCACCCGUCUUCGUGUUCUGUCGUCCCGUCAGGAGCUUCUGGACGACCUGUUCCAGCGUGCUCGCGAAAAGAUUACCGGUGUCGCCUCCAGUGAUGCCCAGAAAUACGAAACCGUGCUGCAGGGGCUGGUCCUCGAAGGCUUGUACACAUUGAACGAGGAUAAGGUUGAGGUUCGCGCGAGAAAGGAGGACUACGACGCUGUCAAGAAGGCAUCUGAGGAGGCAGCGAAGAAAUUCAAUGAGGCUGUCGGCAAGGAAGUAACAGUGGAAUUGGAUGAGUCUGAGCCGCUGCCAGAAGAUUCUGCUGGUGGUGUGAUCAUCGUCGGUGGCCAAGGCAAGAUCGAGAUUAACAACACGUUCGAAGAGCGCCUGCGAAUGCUUGAGAUUGAUGCUCUUCCUGCUGUCAGGGAGAUGCUAUUCGGAAAGAAUGAAAACCGGAAGUUCUACGACUAA